CUUCGCUGAUGUUCUCAGCGUGGACCACACGUUCUCCAGGCGGCUCGGUCUUGCGCGACGGUCAUCCAGUGGCGGCCUGGCUGACUGAUGUUCUUGCGGAAGCAGUCCGUCCAUCUGGUCGGUGGGCGCUUGAUUUUUCUCGGAGUCCAGUGGGUCGUUCUCGUCGACCAGCGGUCAUCUUGUCUGCGAAUGACGUGGCCUCCCCAGCGAUGCUUCCCCCGUUGAAUGUGCUCUUCGAGGUCCUGGAUUUGGGACCGCUGACGGAGGUCUGUGCUCGUCUGUUCUGUUUUCCAUUCAGGGGCGUACGUUCCAAUGCACAGAUGUUCGUAGCCAAACUUCAGGUGUAUCCCAGCUUUCAGGGUUCCAACAGACUGGAAGCGGAUAUCGAAGACAUUAACAUCGACGGCAAGACCUUAACAAAUCUUCGCUUCGCCGACGACAUCGUCCUCUUCGCCAACAACACCUCCGACCAUGCUCAACGAUCUAGACAGAAGAUCGGACUCCAGAUGAACGAGAAGAAAACGCAGUGGAUGAGGAUUUAG